AUGGAUAAUAACCACAUUGACAAAGGAAUAAUUACUUAUAUUUAUUUAGAAAAUUUCGUAACCUACAAUAAAGUUUGCGUUAGACCUGGUAGGAAUUUGAAUGUUAUUAUUGGUCCUAAUGGCACUGGAAAAUCAACAAUUGUUUGUGCCAUUGUACUUGGAUUAGGAGGUAAACCUAGCACUAUUGGUCGUGCAACUCAUGUUAUGGAUUAUGUGAAAACAGGAUGUGAAGAAGCAAAGAUUGAAAUUCAUCUUAAUAAUGGAAAAGAGAGAGAUGUUGUUAUUCAAAGAGUAUUUAAUAUACAUGGAAAAUCUUCAUGGUUUCUCAAUGAAAAAUCAUCAAAUAAUAAAGAAAUACUUGAAGUAACAAAAAAUUUUAACAUUCAGAUAGAUAAUUUAUGUCAAUUUCUUCCACAAGAUAAAGUACAAGACUUUUCAAAGAUGAAUGCACAAGAAUUAUUAGAAAAUACAGAAAGGUCAGCUUGUGAUCCCAUACUACUAGAACAUCAUAAAAAUCUGAUACAAUAUCGAACAGAUCAUAAAACUCUAGAAGGGCAGAUUCAAAGUAAACAAAACACAUUGCAAUUGAAAUCUCAGAUAUAUGACGGUUUGAAAGAAAAUGUGAGUAGUAUAAAAGAAAAGAAAUUAAUACAGAAAAAAAUUGCUACAUUGAAACAGAAAAAGGUAUGGAUACUGUAUGAUCAAAGACGUAGAGAACUGCUCAAGAUGAAAAAGGAAAAGGAAGCUGCAAAAGUUGAAGUAAUAUCUUUAGAAGCAGAAAUAAAACCUAUCAAUGAUGCAAUAGAAACAACAAAAUCAGAAAUUCAACUACUCCAAAGUUCUGUUACAGAUCAUAGUAACAAAGUCAGAAUCAAGAUUUCAAAACUUAAAAAACUGAUGGAUGAUAUUCAAGAUUGUGAUAAUAAUGUUAGAGAUUGUGAAAAUGCGUGUAAGCAAAGAAUUCAAAUGGAAAAAGCUCGAGACCACGACAUUGAUGUUGCACAGCAACAAAAGAACAAAUUGGAUAAUGAUUUAUCAGUGAUGUUAAAAGAUAUUGGAUCUGAGGAAACUUUAUUAAAGCAACGGCAACAAAUAUUGUCUAACAUAGAAAACAGGAAGAAUAUGAUUAAUUCAUUAAUAAAUAACAAUUCAGAAUUAAAGCAGAAACAAGAACGCUUAAAUCUUGAAAUAAGAGCUCAAGAAACAGAACUACAGCUUCUUGAUAUUGAAACGAAACGGUUACAAUUACUAAAGGAAAGAAGUAUUGAUACAUAUAAAGCAGUACAAUGGUUGAAUGAAAAUCAGAACAUAUUUUCUAGUACAGUUCACAAACCGAUAUUACUUAACAUAAAUGUAAAAAAUGCUUCAUAUGCGAAAUAUUUGGAAAAUAUUAUUCCAUUUCGAGAUUUAAUAGCAUUCGUUUGUGAAAAUAAGCGGGAUAUGAAUAUGUUACUACAUCACUUAAGAGAUGAACAGAAAUUACAAGUAAAUGUUGUACAUUCCGAUCCUACAAAACACGUUUCCAUAGAUCCUAUUAUUCCAUUACAACAUAUUCAAGAUCUUGGCUUUACUCAUUAUCUAGCAUCGCUGAUCGAAGCUCCGAGUACUAUUAUGAAAUAUUUAAUCACUAUGUAUAAUUUAAAUAAUAUACCUGUGGGAACAAAUCAGGUUGAUAAUAACAUUGAUUAUAUACCAAACAAUAUACGUUGUUAUUUUAGUCAAAAUAGCGUCUACAUGGUUAAUAAAUCUAAGUACACAGGAGAAAAAUCUAUUGGAAUGCAACCAGUAUCUGGUACAGGAAUGUUAUCUAUUGUAUUGGAUAAAUCAAGGCUAUUGAAUAUUGAAGAAAAGUUGAAAAUAUUAAAAGCAAAUAAAAAUGAUGUGUUGAACAAAAUUAAGGAAAUUGAUGAGCAAGUACAUGAACAAAGCAAGAAAUUAGAUGAAUAUAGAGCUAAUAGAAACAAAUAUCAGCAGGAUAUCCAACAAAUACAAACAUUAAAAUCUAGAAUAUCUAUGAUGAAGAAAAAAAUUAUAGAUUUGCAAAAUGAACGAACCAGUAUUGAGAAAAUAAAAGAAUCUUCUAGUAAUGAUAUAAAGGUAAUUGUGGAGAAACAACUAAACAUUUACAAAACAUACAAUACUCAAUUAGAAGAAUCUUUUAAAUGUAUUACGGCUAGAGAGCAAACUGAAUUAGCAUUAAAAUUACAUAAUCGUUCGCUAAGAGUGAAAAUGAACGAUUCUCAAGAUCUGAGAGAAAAACUUAAAGCAGCAGAAGAUAAAAUGAAGCAACUUAGUAUAGAACUGCAACCACUGAAGGAGGAAGUACAGAAAAUGUACAUUGAAGCACUGGAAACUACCAAUGGCAUUAAUCCUUCAGACAAAGCGUUUGCGCCCAUAAAUAAAGCAUUUAAUAAACUACCACCAACCAUAGCAGAAAUUAACAAUGAAUUAAAUAUCGCGCAGGCAACAUUAUUUUGUAUGGGAAAUAACAUAGAUGCUGAAAAUGUAUUACGUGAAUAUGAAGAACUAGAAAGAGAUAUUCAUGACGUGAAAGAUUUUAUUCAGAAAAAAACGAAAGAACUGGAAACAAUUACACGAAAGACAGAAGCUUUACGACAAGAAUGGAUAAUACCCCUAUCGAAAACCAUUGAAAAAAUUAAUUCCAAUUUCAGCAUGUAUUUCUUGGAGAUGGGUUGUGUCGGUGAAGUUUUAUUAGCACAACCGGAAAAUAACAUGGAAUUUGAUCAAUAUGGUUUAAAAAUUAAAGUGAAAUUCAGGGAUAUUGACCAGUUACAAGAUUUAACAAGAUAUCAUCAAAGUGGUGGAGAAAGAGCUGUAACUACUGCUAUUUAUAUGAUUGCACUUCAAGAAUUAUCUAGAGUACCCUUCCGAUGCGUCGAUGAAAUUAAUCAGGGCAUGGAUGCGAUAAAUGAAAAAAGAGUAUUUAAUUUACUUGUGAAAAUGACUGGAAAACAGAAUAGUUCCCAAUAUUUUUUACUCACGCCAAAGCUAUUACCUGAUUUACAAUAUUCGGAGACAGUAACAGUACAUUGUGUGUUUAAUGGACCAUCCAUGAUUGAUCAUAUGGAAUUUGAUACAGAAGAAUAUUGCAAGUUCAUUAUUGGAGCAAUGGAAACAGAGAAUGGAAGCGAUUAACUGUUAAGAUGUUCAUUAUAUCCAAGUAUUACACAAUAUAUAAUGUGUA